CACGAGCCGGGCAACGUCAUCGGCGUAGCCGACAUGACGUCAUGUGUGACGUCAUGUCCCGUUACCAGGCCCCGCACGUGACGUCACCCGCAGGCCGCCAAGUCUCGCCUCUCCCGGAGUCUCUCCGCGCUCACGAUGGCCGAGGACCUGCCGACUCAGUUGAGCAACUACAAGGUGCAGCUUCAGCAGGUGGAGGCAGCACUCACUGCCGACCCCAACAAUCAGGACCUGCUCAAGCUCAAGAAGGAUCUGCAGGAGGUGAUCGACCUCACGCAGGACCUGCUGACGACACAGACGAGUGAGAGCUCCGCCAGCGCUGCCGAGCGCGAGCCGGGCCGCAGCCAGGCGCCAUCCUGGGCCGUGGGAGACCACUGCCUUGCCACGUGGAACGAGGACGGACAGUGGUACGAGGCGGAGAUCGAGGAGGUGAAUGUGGAUGGCGGCACGGUGGCCGUGACGUUUGCGGGCUACGGCAACACGGAGGUGGUGCCCAUGCACUCGCUGAAACCGGUGGAGCAGGAGCGCCAGCUGAGCCACGAGCUCGACACGGGAAAUAAGCCCAAGUCAAAAAAGGAGCUGCUGGCUCAACAGAGAGAGUACAAGAAGAAGAAAGCCCUCAAAAAAGCGCAAAGGAUGAAGGACAUGGAGACAGAGAGGGAAUCGCAGAAGAGCAAAUGGCAAGACUUCAACAACAAAGCCUACUGCAAAACAAAGAAAGGCCACGUGAAGAAGAGCAUAUUCGCUUCCCCGGAGAGCGUGAACGGCCGUGUGGGUGUGGGCACCUGUGGAAUCGCCGACAAGCCCAUGACGCAGUUCCAGGACGCGGCCAAGUACAACGUGCGGCAUUACAUGCCCCAGUGAGCCGCCGCCGCCGAGCUCCCUGCUGUCAUAGCGGUAGCGGCAGCAGCGGCGGCAGCGGCGGUGGCAGCAGUGGCGGCAGCGCCCCCCCCCCCCAUGGCUUGUGCUCGCUCUUUCGGGCAGAGCGCUCCACAAAGAACUGUCCAGCAGGGUGGGGCACUGUUUUUUUUUAUAAACAUCUACGUUAUUGUAUGUAACUGUAAAAAGCCCGGGGGAUGUGUUGAGUGUUGGAUGCGGUGGCCUACUAUAAUCGUUAUUGAUGUAAUUUUUUUCAGUGUUGUGGAAUCCCAAACUGAAGCUCUAACACCUUCGGUACCAAUUUCUAACGAAGGUGGCAGCUAUUUGUUACACUGCUUGUUCGUGUAAUGUCACAACCGGUUCUGAUAACAUUGAUGCGUGGCUCUGGGGCGAUCACUCCGCAUUUAAGCCACUUGCUGUGUGAAACGUACAAGCAGCAGAAUUUCUGUAAUAUAUCCAUUUUAUACAUUGUUCACUCUUAAACAGUACAACCUCAAAUUGUCAUGCUUAUUAUAGGCAUUAUUUUCUUUAUUGUAGAAACAUUAUUUUUUGUUAGUAUUAAUAGAUCCUAAGCGUUUUUUUUUGACAGUGUUCUUUGCAAAACAUUGUCGCAUGGUUGUUAAAACACCGGUAACGGAGGAAGCACGGUGUUCAUCAUGUCUGCUGCACAAGGAGCCACCUGCCUCCAGUCCAAUUGACAAACUCGAGAAUUAAUUUUUAUGCCUCAGCCUCGAAGGAACAUCAUGUGGUGGAAGACAGCUGUCAUGGUUGGGGUAAUAAACAUUGCCAGGAUGUCCGUCGUGAAGUCUACUUAUGAAUUGUUGAUUUUUGGCUGCCUUCGAACUGGAUAGGUGGCACGGUGUCAGCGCUACCAUGCAGCGCACGGCUGGAUUUACAGCUCUUUCAUGUGUGCAGUUUUUACAAUCUCCAAAGUCAAAGGCGCAUGCGUGCUGCCUCCAGACAUUGACUGUUUGUUAAAUACUUAUAUUUAAUUCAUACAUUGUGAGAAUUGUCAUGAAGCCACCCGUUACCGUUGAUUAAAAAAAGUGGUCCAUGUUCUUACGUGGAUUGAUCCUA